CAUAAGCUCAAUCCAAACCUGUUGACUUUGGAGACAAAGAAGAAUAAAUUUGUUACACUGGUUGCUGAUUUUGGGAGUUUCCAUAUAGCUAAGAAAAUUAUCAUGCUGUCAUUCCGCUCUGGAUAUAUCUUCAUUCAAACCGAUAAACCGGUUUACAACCCUGGAGACACAGUUCAUUACAGGGCUUUUGUAUCCAAUCCUGAAUUCCAAGCUUUCAACAGCACAAUAUCGCUUGAGAUUCAGAACCCAGAUGGUAUUGUGAUACACGGCAGAGCCAAUGCCAGUGCAAGCAACGGGAUCCUAUCUGAAAGCUACACCCUCUAUACUGUGGUCAAAGAGGGAAAACGGAAAGUUGUUGCGAAGUUUGACAAUGUUAAAGCAAACACAUUCAGCGCCGUGUUUGAUGUAAAGAAAUACGUUCUCCCGCCAUUCAAUGUCACUUUAACCCCAAAGAAAUCCUACUUAAGCCUAGAUGAGGAAAAGUUGGAAGUAGAAGUCACAGCCAGGUAUCUUUAUGGUGAACCAGUGAAAGGUGUUGCAUUUGUGCUGUUUGGUAUUGAAAUAAAUGGUGAGAAAAAGAGAAUAACAUCUAUGAAGCAACUGAACGAUCUAAAUGGAAAAACUGUUAGUUUGACUAUGGAGGAGAUAAAGAAGGCCUAUCCUGACACAAACAGCUUACUGGGGUCUUCUGUGUAUGUCAAAGCAUCAGUAUUGACCAGCUCAGGUGGGAGAUCAUUACCCUUGAAAUGA